AUGUUCUACUCCGAGCAACUUCUUGCUAAGACCGGGCCUCUGGCCCGCGUCUGGCUCGCGUCGAAUGUCGAGCGCAAGCUGUCGAAAUCGCAGAUCCUGCAGUCGGACAUCCAAAGCAGUGUCGGCGCUAUUGUCGACCAAGGCCAUGCGCCCAUGGCUCUCCGUCUGAGUGGCCAACUCAUGUUGGGAGUGGUGCGAAUUUACGGCAGAAAAGCGCGAUAUCUACUUGACGACUGCAAUGAGGCUCUUGUCAAAAUUAGAAUGACGUUCAAGUCGACCAAUAAUCACGACCUGCCUGCCCAUGCGACGGCCGUCGUCGACCUCAACCUUCCUGAGUUACUCACCAUCGACGACUUGUUCUCCAAUAUGGAUUUCGAAUACCCCAUGACCCAACAACCGGCUAUCACCGCUGCCGACACGCAAGAUGUGGACGAGGAUUGGACGAGCUCCCUUAAUCCUCAGCAAAGCAGCACACAGUCGAUGUUGCUCCCUGGAGACGAACCUUUGUACAACGACGACGACCUGAAUCUGGACUUUGGAGAUCGUGACGAUAUGGACAUGAAUGAUACGACUGUGAGCAUCAACGUGGGCAGAAAUGCACCUUCUCCUAGGCACGGAGCGGAGGAAGUUUUUGGUGAAGAGGGUCUGCUGCUUGAGGAUGAUGACCUCGAUCUCGACCUGGGCGAAGAUCUAUCAAGGAUGGAAGAGCCUGAUAUGCCUGCCAUAGGUGACAAUGAGUCCCUUGCAUUUGGGGACGACGAGACUUUGCAGCUCCGAGAAGCCGCAGCAGACGCAGGACGUGCUCGCGAGUCUGAAUCUCCACUAUCAGAAGCUGGGUCGGCAGUGCUUCAGGAGUUGGAUAUGACGUUUCAGGACGUCGAAGGAGAACAAAUCGAGGAGGUUGUCGUACAGCAGCGACAGAAAAGCCGCAAACAGAAGCCCCUGGUCCGCGACGUUGACACUGUGCUGCACACCAAACAGAUCAGAGCCCAGGCAGACGAUCGCACCAAGAUCUUGAAACCGCCAUCGUUCCUCCCUCGCGAUCCACUGCUUCUAAAUCUCCUGAGUAUGCAGAAGAAUGGCGAAUUCGUCCGCAAUGCAAUGAAUGAUGGUCGAUCUAUGAACUGGGCUCCGGAACUACAAGGGCUACUCUCGUUCGAAACAAUGACAAAAUCGGGCCAGCUGAAACGAAAACGCGACAGCGGCGUCGGAGGACUCAGUGAAGAUGAGCACAGUGAAAAAUCGCCACGACUAGAUCGAGCAGGUGAUGAGUUGGAAGACGAGGGAGUCCUGAUCGAGGAGCCCAGCAUUGGAAUCACGGCUGGAAUGUUUCCUGAUGACGGUGCUCAAUCACUCGCGGGCGAAGGAGGACAAGCCCAGGACGAUAUGUUUCUGGGCGGAGAUGAUGGAGGCGACGAUACCUUCGAAGAUACGACGAUGCCUCUGGUCCACCCCGCAGACAGUGGGCCGGUCUCGUUGGGCACGAAACAUGCUGUCCACAUCUUACGGGACCAACUUGGCGAUGUUGGUGGUACACAUCCAUCCUCGCCAGCAAAGAAAUCAGUUCUUCUGCAGCAGCUCGUACCUGAGGGCUGGACAAGUAAGCAAGACGCCACCAAAAUGUUCUUUGAAAUCCUGGUUCUGGCCACAAAGGACGCGAUCAAGGUCGAACAACCGGAUACAGCAAUUGGAUUGCCUCUGCGGAUCAGAGCAAAGCGAGGGCUGUGGGGUUCAUGGGCAGAAACAUGUCCUGGUGAUGAUCCUACCGCCAUGACUGCUUCACAGCAAGUUGCUGUGGCAUCAUGA